AUGUCGCAGUCUCUGACUCCCGAAGUCCUCUGGGCCCAGCGCUCGUCGGCAACCGACCCUGAGCGCAACCACGUCUUCCUGACCAUCUCGGCUCCCGAUGUGCCCAAGGAGAAGAUGACGCUGGACGUACAACCCACCAAGGUCGCCUUCACCGGCCACUCGGAGUUGAAGAACGUCGACUACAAGGUCGAGCUCGAGCUGUUCGCCGAGAUCGUUCCCAAUGAGAGCAAGAUCAACCACACCGGCAAGAACAUCGAGAUGGUCCUGCGCAAGAAGGAGCUCAAGGAGGAGUUCUGGCCCCGCCUGCUCAAGGAGAGCAAAAAGCUGCAUUUCCUGAAGACCGACUUCGACAAGUGGGUCGACGAGGACGAGCAGGACGAGGCUGCUGACGACGACUACCUCGCAAACAUGGGCGGCAUGCCGGGCAUGGGCGGCGGCGACGGUGGCUUCGGCGGCAUCGACUUCUCCAAGCUGGGUGGUGGUGCCGGUGGUAUGCCCGACUUGGGCGCCCUCGGUGGCGCCGCCGGCGACGCCGAGGAAGGCUCUGACGACGAUGACGACAUGCCCGAGCUCGAGGGCGAGGACAAGUCCGCUGCCGGUGCCGCCAAGGCAAGUUCGUAG